AUGGGCGCGGGGCCCCGCGGACCACGGGGCAGUUGCGGCGGCUGCUGUCUGCCGCCGCGCGGCCCGAUGCCAUGGGCGGCGCUGGCGCCCCUCGCGGUGCUGGCCUGUGCCGCCCGGGGCGUCCUCGCGGAGGAACCACUGGGACCAGCGCCGCCCGAGCCGGCUCCCGCGCGGGCUGCGGAAGACCUGGGCGGGUGGGAGUUCAUGCCUCUCGAGCUCCAGCCGGGCCAGGUCGGCGUGAAGUGCGGCUCGGGCACAUUUGUGAAGUGGCUGAGCGGCACGGGCUCCUACGUGCUUCAGGGCGACCCCGUCAUCGAGCUGUGCCCUCCGGAGGCGGACCGUUCGGUGACGUGCCUGGCGGGGGCCAGCGGCUACUUGGUGGCGGAGCAGGCCAUCGGCCCAGGGGACGACAUCAACGAGACGGUGCCGGACGGCCACCUCGCGAUCAUCGAGGAGCGGGUCGUGAAGCAGGACGACGGAAAGCCAGUCAAGUGCGCGCCCGGGACCGUGUUCGAGUCCUUCCUCGUCAGUCUCGGUGAUGUCGUUCAGCCUGGCGACGCGGUGGCACUGACGCUCCCCACAGCCGGUGGAGGCCUCACGCAUUGCAGGACAGAUGUCGGAGGCAGGGUGGUGGCGCUGAAGAACGACUUGCAGGAGGGGCAGGACCUGGCUUCGGUGUGCCCAGACCUGGUCGUGGCGUACAUUGGCCCUCCUUACGAGAAUCGGAACGGCCAGAGCCAGGAGCCGGCCUCCGCUACCCUGCUGCGGCCUGCCCACGCGGGGGACAUGACGAUCGAGGUUGACAAUGAAGACGAGUUCGACGUGGGCAACCUGAUUCGCAUCUCCUCUGGCAGCCUGAGCGAGACCGCGACGAUCGUCGGCAUCGGAUCUAUCAACCUGGACCACGGCCUCCGGAACAGCUACCCAGCGGGCGCCACAAUUACAAAGUUGCAGGACUCUGGCGACGGCGGUGGCGCCUCGGGCCCGCCCGAGAGCUGGCGUCCGCGGUCCUCGCUCUUCCAUGAGGAGGGCGACGCUGGGUUCCAGCAGAGCGACGAUACCCGCAGCCCCGGCGCGCCAGGUGCCGCGCAGGACCCAGCCGAUCCCGCGGCGGCCGAGCUCGGGGCGGCCGCCGCGGUGCUGAGGACGCAGCGGCGCCUGUGGGUGGGCUACGGUCCGGGCAGCCAGGAGUGCACUCCGAUGUCAGCGAGGGCGAGCUCGACGACUACGACUGUCCCAUCAGCAACGAACACCGUUGAGACGGCCACCGAGACAACCACCUCGACUACAGCAGACCACGUCGUGGAGAUAUCUUUCGACGCCAAUUUCUCCGAGGUGCUUGCCACGGAUCACGACAAAGAGAUGUUGAAGCAGCUCUUACACAAUAAGUACAAAACCCACGGUUGCAAGCAGGUCCUCGACCUGAGGCCAGGGAGCAUCAUCGCGCGCCUGCAGAUGGGCCACUCCGUCGACCCAGACAUGCUCAAGGCCCUCGGCUGCGUGGAGCUGAAGCACAAGGGUCGCAUGCUGUGCCCGUACGGCGUGCAGCAGCCCAAAUCCGACUUCCUCGCGAGCACGCACAUGCCUCCUGGUGGCCGUGGGGGGCUCAUCGGCAUUAUGUGGAUGAUCGCGGCCCUUGUGAUCCUCGGGUGCCUCGGCCUGUUCGGCCUCGCCUGCUGGAGCCACCGCAGCAAGACGGACUACUCACCGAUUCCGUCGGACCCCGUGGACACAGGUGUGCAACUGGAGUUCCGCGACUCGAUAGGUCGGGUGCAACGCAAGACCUUCAACUACCAGCCCCAUGGGAUGGUGUUGGCCAGGUCAGGCAAAGUGAGGGUCGAGAAUUUCGUGACACCGAACAGCUACGCCAAAGAGCUUGGCGUCCAGGAACACUGGCGCAUCUCCAAGAUUGGAGACCGCGAGGUCGCCGAGGGGGCCACGUUCUCAGACGUGGACCACAGAUUGCGCACAGCGCUGCAGAAGUUGCCAGCCCAUCCCUUGAGGAUAGACUUCAAGACGACUGGGUCCAGGGACGAGAUUGAGCGCAAAGAUUUCGAGAAUUCGCCGAUCGGCCUGGAUGUGAGUUUCAAGGCCCCCUUCAAAGUGGAGCACAUCGCGCAAAAUGGGCAGGCGUACGGCCAGGGCGUGCGAGAAGGCUGGGAGGUGAUUCGCAUCGGGCACGAGGUGAUCACGCGUGACACGCUGUCCAGCCAGGUGCACGAGUGGCUCGAGACCGCCGAGCAGCACUUGCCUCCAGAGGACUACAACAAAGCCGUGCGGCUGGACGUCCUCGACGCGCACGAUCACCAGCACAUCGUGCACUUGGACCGCCACGGCCACGGGAUGAAGCUCGAGCGGCAACAGGGCGGCCCAGUGCAGGUGAAGAGUUUCACCUGCUGCAGCUACGCGAGCCGCAAGAGCGUGCAGGAGGGCAUGACGGUUCUCAAGGUAGAUGGCCACGAUGUGGGCACGCAGGGCGCCGAGAGCAUCGAGGACUUGAUCAGCUCAAAGACUGAAAGGUUUGCGCCGUUGCCCCUCAAGGUGGUCUUCGACGCAGGCCACAACAGUCACCAGACAGUGCUCUUCGACAGGCAGCCCCUCGGCAUAGAUGUGUCCCCCACGGCGCCGUUCAAGGUGACCGAGUUCCACGUCGACAGUUAUGCCGCUGAGAAGGGAGUGCGGAAGGGGUGGAGCUUCGUGAAGAUUGGCACGAAGGACGUGAGCCACGUCUCUGAUUUGGAGGAGUUCACAGCCGUCCUGAACGAAGGCACUGACCACCUCCCGCAGGUGGACAGAGGCCUCGAGGUCGAGUUCUCUGACAACGGGCGGCGAAGGAUUAUCUUCUUCAACCGCUGGCCGUUCGGCAUGGACCUUUCUGAACGUGCGCCGACAUCAGUCGUGAAUUUUGCUUUCAACAGCUACGCCAAAGAAAGAGGUGUCAGGAAAGACUGGCAAAUAGUGCGGAUCCACAACGACAGCGGCUUGCAGAAGCAGAGUCCAGGGGACGUGCGGCAGCUCUUGGAGAAGCACGCCAGACUCUUUCACCUCGAGGCCCGUCCUUGGCCACUGAGGGUGGAGUUCAAGAUUGGCCAAGCCGGCUUGAACAGCUUGAGGACCAUCGACUUCGAGAAGAAACCCUUGGGGAUUGUGCUCUCACGGGGACCGACAUUCAAGGUAGACUACUUCAAGCCAGACAGCCAUGCCAAGGAGCUGGACGUCGAGCUCGACUGGGAGGUCACGAAGAUAGGCCAGCAGAAGGUGGGGGCCACGCACUCCUGCUCCUUCCCGCAGAAGUGCCUGUCUGAUGGUUCGGAACACUUGCCAGAGAUGCAAGGACCGCACAUGGUAGUUGAGUUCGACACUGGCAACCACAAGAUGGAGACCUUCUGGCUGCGCCGCCGCCCGCUCGGAUUCACCGUGGACGAUCACCACAAGGUGCAGCUGUUCAGUUUCAACAGCUACGCCAGCGAUUUGGGCAUCGAGCCCGAGUGGCGUGUGACGCGCGUCGGCAGUGAGCAGGUGACGCACUCCACGACGGGGCACCAGAUCAACGACUGGCUCCAUCGGCAGUCCGCGGAGCUCCCGCCGUGGCCCCUGAGGAUAGCGUUCAACUCCGGCCAUAACGGUGUGAAGACGAUGUUCUUCGAGAGGGCUGACCUCGGCAUCUUGUGGUCGGAGCGCCUGCCGAUGCGGGUCGAGGGGUUCGAACAGAACAGCUACGCUGCGGACAUGGGCGUGAGGACUGGUUGGGUCGUGGCGGAGGUCGGCGACAAGGGAGCCAACAAGUUGAGCCUCGAGACCAUGAAGCGACUGCUCGAGGAGGGCCAGGCGCACCUGGACCACGAUGCCUCCGGACUGCGCGUGGAGUUCUCCGACGAGCAUGGGAACGUGCAUUCGAAGGUAUUCGAGUACAUGCCUUCCGGAAUCAGUUGGAGGCUGCACGACACAGUGCCCAAGGUCGAGGGCCUUUCCUUCAACAGCUACGCCCAGAGCCUCGGUGUCCAGGCUGGCUGGACGGUCAAGAGGCUGGGCCAGACAAACAUGAGCCACCUGAGCGGCGCGGAGGUCGACCACAUCUGGAAGGAGAAGGAGUCUGCCAACGGCCUGAAACAGUGGCCUCUGCGGAUAACUUUCAGAACAGGCACUUCCUCUUCGCGCAAGGGCCACGAGAGCAGCCACACCGUCAGCUUUCCUUGCCAGCCGCUCGGCAUCGUAUUUAGGGACCGGGCGCCGAUCAAGAUAGCGAAGUUGGAACCGCUCCACGAGGAUGACGCCAGCAACCAGAGCGUGGAGAAGGGCUGGGUGGUCACGCACAUCGCGGACGAAGACGUGACCCAGAUGAAGAAGGAGAAGGUUCUGAAAUUGUUGGAGCUAGGCUUAAAGCCACUCCGCUACAAGCCGCUACCGACGUCGUCGAUCUUCCAGAGAUCGACCACGACAGAGAGCAUGGGCGCGGCGGACGUCCGCGGACGUGGCGAUACUCCUCCCGGCAUCAAGCCGUACGCUAGCGGCUGCAACAACCUUUGGCCACACUUGCAUUGCUAA